UAAAUGAAAACAAAAAUCUGCGCAAGUCGAGAUCUAGUUCGAUGUUAAAAUAAAAAGUUUAAAAAAUAUAAAAGUUUCCUGACCUAGUGGCUUUCUGACACACAUAAACAAAUAAAACGUACUUUAUAAAAAUAAUUGAAAAUUGUACCUUUCAACCACUUGUACUUCUCUAUAGUUUACAGUUUAAUUAUGAUUACAUAAAAAAAAUACAUCUCGACCACGUACACAGCCAUUUCCCCCCAAGAGAAAGCUUCCUUCCAUAGUAUCUGAAUCUGACGCAUCUUAAUCCCAACAGUUUUAGGGUUCUUGAGACUAGCGAUGGGUUCUUACUCUGCUGGAUUCCCUGGAUCAUUUGACAACUUCCAUUUCAAUUGCAAGAUUGACUUUUCCAAUUUGGGAAAUGGGUUAUAUCUGGAUGAUCAACCUUUCUUGAGAAGUCCAUCUCCCUUUCCUCCUCUUCCUCUCCCUCCUCUUCAUCCUCCUCCUCAUCCAGAGCCAUAUUCUCAACAGAAUCUUCAUGCUGCUGAUGCUGAUGCUGAUGUUGAUGCUGAUGAUGAUUGCACUGAUUCUGUUCUGCAAUACAUAAGCCAAGUUCUUAUGGAAGAAGACAUGGAUGACAAGCCUUGUAUGUUCCAUGAUGCCUUGUCUCUCCAAGCAGCUGAGAGAUCUCUCUAUGAAGCUCUAGGCGAAAAGUACCCGGAUUCUACUAGCCCUAUUCAAUUGGCUCAUAAUCCUGAUGAGUUGAGUGAUAUAACUUCUUCAGGUUAUACCUCAAGAACCACCACCACCACCACCACUUCCUCUGAUUGGAGUUUUGAUAGUUUGGAAAACAGUAGGCCUUCUUGGAUGCAAACAUCGAUCCCGAAAAACUUCGUCUUCCAGUCUACCCCCUCUACUAGAUCCAGCCCCACUAGUGGCCGUAACACGGGCAUCAGGUCAAGUUCUAGUAACGAUUUGGUUUCUAACAUGUUCAAAGAUAGCAGCUGGGCGUUGCAAUUCAAGAAAGGUGUGGAGGAAGCAAGCAAGUUCCUCCCAAAGAGCACUCAGCUGGUUAUAGAUGUGGAGAAUGAUCAUCACUAUGUUCCUUACAGAAUAACCGGAGAGAAAUGCCAUUGGCGCGAAGAUGAGCAUUUGCCUGAAGAAAGAAACAAGAAGCAAUCAGCUGUCUAUGCCGAUGACCCCGAACUAUCUGAAAUGUUCGAUAAGAUCCUCUUGUUCGGAGAUCCUAAGGAGAACCCUAAAUGUAUUCUCAACGAAACCUCCCAAAAGGAGCCUCCCAAAGCUUCACCAAGUCCCAAAGGCGAGACAACAACAUACCCGAGGGGACAGAAACCAACUGCUUAUGUGAAAGAGAUACCUGACUUGAGGUCCCUUUUGCUAUCAUGCGCUCAAGCCGUGUCCGUUAACGAUCAUAGAAGAGCUGAAGGAUUGUUACGACUGGUCAGGCAACAUUCUUCGUCUUACGGAGAUGGAACAGAGAGGUUAGCUCAUUACUUCGCAAACAGCCUCGAAGCACGUUUAGCCGGUACGGGUACGCAAGUUUACACAGCCUUGUCUUCCAAGAAAACAUCCGCUGCCGACAUGUUGAAAGCUUACCAGACGUACGUAUCGGUCUGCCCGUUCAAGAAGAUCGGUAUAGUUUUCGCUAACCAUACCAUUCAGCAGCUGGUUAAGAAGACUAUGCCUAACACCAUCCACAUCAUAGACUUUGGGAUAUCUUACGGUUUCCAGUGGCAUUCUCUCGUUCAUCGACUUGCAUGGAGACGUGGCUCCACGUGUAAGCUUAGGAUAACGGGUAUUGACUUGCCUCAACGUGGGUUUAGACCAGCUAACGGAGUUAUUGAGACGGGACAUCGCUUGGCUAAGUACUGUAAGAAGUUCAACGUGCCCUUUGAGUAUAACGCUAUUGCGCAGAAAUGGGAAACGAUAAAGCUUGAGGACUUGAAGUUGAAAGAAGGCGAGUUUGUGGCGGUGAACUCUCUCUUUAGGUUUAGGAAUCUUCUUGACGAGACGGUGGCGGUGGACAGCCCUAGAGAUGUGGUUUUGAGACUCAUACAGAAGAUAAAACCGAACAUCUUCAUCCCUUCUAUCUUGAGCGGUUCUUAUAAUGCGCCUUUCUUUGUGACGAGGUUUAGAGAAGUUCUGUAUCAUUUCUCUUCUCUGUUCGACAUGUGCGACACCACUCUGACGAGGGAGGAUCCGAUGAGGGUUGUGUUUGAGAAGGAGUUCUACGGGAGGGAGAUCAUGAACGUGGUGGCUUGUGAGGGGACGGCGAGAGUGGAGAGGCCUGAGAGUUAUAAGCAGUGGCAGGGGAGGAUGGUGAGAGCCGGGUUUAGGCAGCUUCCGGUUGAGAAGGAGCUGGUUCAGAAACUGAGGUUGAUGGUUGAUAAAGAAUACAAAAGCAAAGAGUUUGAUGUUGAUCAAGAUGGUAACUGGUUCCUUCAAGGCUGGAAAGGCAGACUUGUUUAUGCUUCUUCUUUUUGGGUUUCGGUGUAGUGUUGUCUUUUACAUUCCAAGAAACUGAUUAUCUCUAAGACCAUAAUUAUCGCUGUUUCUAAACAGAGUUUUUAAGCAUUAAAGGUGAUUUAAUUAAAUCAAAACUCAUUAAAAGCAAAGUAACCAAUCUUAAACUGGGCAUUUGGAAACCGAUUUUGAAAGAGGUUUCACAACCACGUGUCAGCGAGAUGAGGGGUUUAAUUUUCUUUUUCUUUUUUUCUUUUUCUUUUUUUCUUAUUCUCUCUCGAUUCUUUCUGUUUCUUCCCUCGUUUUCUCCGCAUGCAGCGAUCGAAAUCCACAACCUCUGCUCUCGUCUUCUCCGUGAGAGACGAUCGAAGCGGGUGUCGGUACACAGGGCGUCUACUCCGUGUUCUCCGUCCGACGGUGUAUCGAAACCCACCAAAGACGACGAUUGAAACCCACCAAAGACGGUGUCUCCUCCGUGUUCUGUCGGCAAGUGACGGCGUCUCCUCCGUCGUCUCUCGGCGAUUGAAACCCAUCACCGCCGACGAUCGAAGCGGGUGUCUCUCCUCGCAGCGUCUCCUCCGGCUUCUCUCGUCUUCUCCCCAAGAAGAGCGAUCGAAUCCGACAACAGAGGACGACUCUGUCGGCAAGUCACGGCGAAAACGGCGGUCUUCUCUCGUGAUCUCCGUCAGAAGAGCUAUCGAAACCCACCCACCACCGACGACGCCUCUCUCGAUUCUUAUCUUUGGAAACGUUGAUAACUGUGGUGAUUUGGAUGAUGAUUACGUUAAUUAGGUGAUAAUAGCUUUUACUCUUUCUGUGUUCUUUGGUUAUGACUGUGUAUACUUUGUGUUAAUGAUGAUGGUUUUCAAUUCAACAGGACGCCAAGGAACAUCUUUCUGCAUUGGCUCCGUCUCUAUCAGACAUAAUGGUGACAAUCUAAUGUGAGUCUUUUUAGUCAUGUUCUUUAAGUCAUGUUCUUUAAGUUUAUAGCGAGAGAGAAGUGUGAGUCUUUUUAGUGAUGUUGUUAUCAUCUUUUUCUUGUUCCAUAACUGGUGUUUCUAAACUGAGCAGUUUUCGGCAAGGUGAGGAUGUACAACAAGUGAUGCAGCCGAGCAAGCUCCGUAACCACAACUCCAAUUUGAAACUGUCGGUGAGGUAAAACUUGAUUUCAUUUCCUUGCUUUUUUGUUAAAUGCUUUUGUCUGGAUUGUAGUUAGGUUAAUAAAUGCUGGUUAGGUUGUGGUUAGUGAGUAUGAGAAGAUGAAUGCUUGUGAUGAAUGCUUCUUUUACUGUAAAUGGUUUUUAGAUAUGUGUCAACUCAUCUCAACUGAUAGAGUUAAGAUAUGGUUUGUAGAUAUGUGUCUACUCAUCUCAACAAGACCCAUAUCUACACCGAUUUUUCUCUCUUUUCAUCUAUUAAAAUCGUUGCUUUCUCUUUUUCUUUUCAUCUUAUAACACUAUCUCCCUUUUCAUUCGUCUUCAAACACAUCUCUUGUUCUUUCUAUCUUCUCUGAAAUUUUAGGAUAUGGAUUCUCCGAAUCCAUAUACUCAGGCCUCAAAUUUUCGUGAUCUGUUGAACAGUCAACAAGAUACUGUCCAUGAACCCUUUCCUUAUGAGAGGUUUUCACAUGGUGGGGAUGUCGGGUCAUCAGAACGCCCUUUCUUUAGUACUCAAGCAACAGAAACCUCAAGCUUCUGCGAAGACUCACCUACAGAUCGGAGAGAAAGGAAGAAAUGGAGCGUCUCGGAUGAUGUAGUGCUCAUUAGCGCAUGGCUAAACACCAGCAAGGACCCGGUUGUAGGGAAUGAGCACAAAGCAGGUGCCUUCUGGUCACGCAUUUCUGCUUACUUUGCAGCUUCUCCAAAGGUUGGAAGAGGUGAAACGCGACAGGCAAUUAAGUGUAAGCAGAGGUGGCAAAAGCUGAAUAAUCUCGUUUGUAAGUUUUGUGGAGCCUAUGAGGCUGCAACGAGACAGAAAACAAGUGGCCAGAGUGAGUCUGAUGUUGUUAAACUGGCCCACGAGAUUUUCUACAAUGAUCAUAAGAAGAAGUUUACCCUUCACCAGGCUUGGGAUGAGCUAAGGAAUGACCAGAAAUGGAGCGAAUUUACAACUGCUAAGAUGGAUGUAAGCGGUAAGAAGAGAAGGUGUUCGGAUGGAGCACAAUCCGAAAGCUCUCAAGCAACUACGAACCUAGGUGAUCAACCAACAAAACGUCCUCCUGGUGUUAAGGCGGCGAAAGGAGCAUCUGGUAAGAGAAGUGUAGUGGAUCACGCGGCUGUCUCUCAGCUUCAGAGCAUGUGGACUAUCAGAGAGAAAGACUUGGCCAUGAAAGAAAGACUCACGAAGAUGAGACUGCUAGAUCGUCUCUUAUCAAAAAAAGAGCCCCUAUCUGAAGUGGAGGAAGCUCUAAAGACUCAGCUAAUUACAGAGAUGUUGGGGUAGAAAACGAGUGUCUUUGGGCUCUGUGUCUUCAGUCUAUCAUGUUCUGUUUUAGGUUCUGUUUUAUGUUCUGUUACCGGUUAUGUUUUAUGUUUUUCUGCUCUAGGUGUCUUCGGACUAUGUGUUAUGUUGCAUAAUGUAUGUUUCAAUGGUCAGUUUAUGUAUAAAAGCAGUUUCUAUGUUCUUGUUUCAAUUUUCUUCUGUAAAUGUUCUUGUUUCAAUGGUGCAGAUAGACAAGAGAAGUCACAGGUGCAAGAGAAGUCACGGGUGCUGAUAGACAAGAGAAGUCACUUCAGUCUAUCAUGUUGUGCUUUGGUUGUCUGUAUGUGUGCAGGAGAAGUCACAAGAACUUAUGUGCUUUGUUGUUUUGCAUGUCACAAGUCACGAGUGUUUGUUUCCUUUGUAUUAUUAUGUACGUGUCACAAGUCACGAGUGUUUGUUUCCUUUGUAUUAUUAUGAACUUAUGUCAAUUGUGCAAUAUGA